AUGUCAGAGAUAGCCGCCUCCGCCUGCAUCGGGAAUGGUCAGCGCUCCUCCUCCGAGCCGGUCGACCAGUCCCGAGACACCCCCGGCUUGCCCAGCCAGCAAGCCGCUGCUGAUGACACGUUCCACGUGGCUGUGAUUGCACUCGGGCCGAUAGGUUGGAAAGCUCAGACCGCGUCCGCCAGCGCAUCUUAA